UGUUCUGUAUCAGUUUCCAAAGACUGCUCAUUGUCCUACACUCCCGCUAGAAUAUAUAAAGAAUGACCCUGUACAUGCCAUUGUUCAAAUCCUGUUCCACCUUGAGAACACUCUCCCAGCUCCAUGCCCACCUCUUGGUCACAGGCCUCCACAGAGAUGUACUUGCCUCCACCAAACUCAUCGACUCUUAUGCCAAAAUGGGUACCCUUGAAUCUGCGACAACUGUCUUUGAAAACUUCCCCAGGCCUGAUUCUUUCAUCUGGGGUGUAUUGAUCAGGUGCUGUGUGAGGAAUGGCUCCUUUGAACAAGCCAUUUCGCUGUACCAUGAGAUGCUGCACCGGCAGACCCAGAUCAGCAGCUUUGUAUUUUCGUCCAUUUUAAGAGCUUGUUCUGGUUUUGGUGAUUUGGGUAUCGGCGGGGACGUACAUGGGAGGAUAAUUAAAUGUGGGGUUGACACCGAUGCCAUUGUGGGCACAUCUCUAGUUCGGAUGUAUGGAGAGAAUGACUGCUUAGAUGACGCUCGAAAGAUAUUUGAUCAAAUGCUGAUAAGGGAUGUUGUUUCAUGGUGUUCAAUCAUAGCAAGCUAUGUUCAGAAUGGACGGGCGAGCGAAGGUUUAGAGAUGUUCCAUCAGAUGGUCUCCGAACGAAUCAAACCCGAUUCAGUGAUAAUGCUAAGUGUAAUUGAGGCUUGUGCUGAAUUGGGCCUUUUUAGAUUAGCAAGGUCAGUUCACGGUUACAUAAUCAGACAUGACCUAGAAAGGCAUGGGUCAUUGGAUAAUUCUCUUAUUGUGAUGUAUAGUAAAUUUGGCGACUUGCAUGGUGCGGAAUGCCUCUUUGAGAGUAGGACUGUCUGGAGUACUCCUUCAUGGACGAGUAUGAUUUUCUGCUACAACCAAAGUGGUUGCUUCCGAGAAGCACUGAACAUUCUUGUAGAGAUGCAAGAAUCUAAAGUAGAACCCAAUUCAGUAACCAUGAUGGGUAUUUUAUAUUCAUGUGCAAGGUUAGGUAGGCUUAAGGAAGGGAAGUCAGUUCAUUGUUUUGUUAUCAGAAAAGCUCAAGACCCUGACUUCCAAUUUCUUGGGCCAGCACUAAUAGAUUUUUACGCUGUUUGUGGAAAACCAGAAUACAGCCAGAAAGCAUUUGAUUCAGUUUCAGACAGAAAUAUUGUGUUAUGGAAUGUGCUCAUAUCUGUUUAUGCUAGAAAAAGGCUGUCAAACGAAGCUUUAGCAUUCUUUGCGCAGAUGCAUGAACAGGGAUUUAUGCCAGACUCAUUCACCAUAGCAAGUUCACUCUCAGCUUGUGGAGAUGUCCAUUUUUCUCAGCUUGGAAGUCAGAUCCACGGUCAUAUUGUCAAAACAGGCUUCUUCAAUGAGUUUGUCCAGAAUUCUCUGAUUGAUAUGUACUCUAAAUGUGGGUUUGUGGAUUUGGCAUCCAUGAUAUUUGGUGAGAUCCCAAACAAAAGCACUAUUACAUGGAAUUCUAUGAUUUGUGGGUUUUCUCAGAAUGGUAAUUCAGUUGAAGCAAUCAGUCUGUUUGAUCAGAUGUACUUCAACUGUGUUGAGAUGGACAAUGUAACCUUCUUGAGUGCAAUUCAAGCUUGUUCACAUCUCUGUUAUCUAGAAAAGGGAAAGUGGGUGCAUCACAAGCUCAUUACCUUUGGAAUAAGAAAGGAUUCCCAUACUGAGACUGCUCUAUGUGAUAUGUAUGCUAAGUGUGGAGACCUUCAUAUGGCCCAAAGAGUAUUUGAUAGCACGUUAGAAAGGAACGUGGUCUCGUGGAGUGCCAUGAUAGCUGGUUAUGGGAUGCACGGCCAGACUAAUGCUGCCAUAUCCCUCUUUACUCAAAUGCUAGAAUCAGGAAUAAAACCAAAUAAUGUGACCUUUCUGAAUAUUCUAUCUGCCUGUAGUCAUACAGGAUUAGUGAAAGAAGGGAAAUUGUAUUUUAACUUAAUGGGGGAUUUUGGCAUUGAACCAAAAUCAGAACACUUUGCUUGUAUGGUUGACCUUCUCAGCCGAGCUGGUGAUAUCAAUGGAGCCUAUGCAAUAAUCAGUUCAAUGCCGUUCCCUGCAAAUGCUAGCAUUUGGGGUGCUCUGCUUAAUGGGUGUCGUAUCCAUCGGAGGAUGGACAUGAUCACUAUCAUUCAAAGAAAGCUUUUAGAUACAAAUACAGAUGAUGCUGGACAUUAUACUUUAUUAUCUAAUAUAUAUGUGGAAGGAGGAAACUUGCAUGAUUUUGGGAAGGUGAGAUCAAUGAUGAGAAGUAUUGGUCUACAGAAAGUCCCUGGUCAUAGUACGGUUCAGAUUGAUACAAAAUUUUACAGAUUUGAGGCAGGAGAUACAUCUCAUAAUCAAACCAAGGAAAUUUACAGAUUUUUGGAAAAUUUUCUAAGUUUUGCUCAAGAACUAGGUUACAAUGCAGAGGGCUAUAGUUGUACAAUCGAUACGUGUGAAUUUUUUCCCAAGAGAAAUGACGUCAUGAAUCACAGUGAAAAGCUCGCAAUUGCCUUUGGAAUUAUAAAUACCAGUCCAAGAACUACACUGCACAUCUCAAAAAACCUUCGUAUCUGUAGUGAUUGCCAUUCCUUCACAAAAAUUGUGUCUAGAAUCACAGGCAGACAGAUCAUUAUGAGAGAUUUAAAUCGGUUUCAUCAUUUCAUUGAUGGGAGUUGCUCUUGUAGAGAUUACUGGUAA